ACUCGUCCAUUCAGUCGCUUUCAGACGAUCAUACGCGCGCGUUGUCAUUGAAGCCUCGAUCGCGGUCGUGAAGUUCCGUUUUUCGUUCGGAGAUUUGCGUGCACAGAAAUUUAAGUGACCCAUACUUAAGUGGCAAUCAAAACAUUGCAUUUGGAAAACAUUUUUGGGAAACGGUCAACAAUUACCGAAAACCCUCGGUCAGUUUCCGGUCAUUCGAUCGUAGGUAAUUUGUCAAAGGCUGUUGAGUGAUCGCGAAGUGUUCGUCGUUGGCAAUAGGUUUCCAGACAGAUAAGGCUGCGCAGUAUGUCGGAAGCGGUCGUCAUGAAUCGAGUUUUUCGGUACUUCAUGAAGUUCCACGGGUACUUCAUUGCAUUCUGCACCAUCUUCUUCACGUCGGUGAUAAUCGUGUCGUCGUUCACCGGCCGAGAUAUUCACGAGGAACCGUUCGUUAUCGAGGAGGAAUUCGAAGCGGUGCAGCGGUACCCGAUACUGAUUCAGGUAGAAUCGGCCCUAUGGCUGUGCGCCUCUGUGAUAUUGGCCGUUGGCCUAUACAAGGAAAAUAAAUCAUUUCUCGCCCCCUUCAUGGCGCUGUUCAUCAUCGAUGGGGCCGUCGUCGUCCUCCAGGAGAUACUGAACCUCUGCACCGGAAGACCAUCGGAACUGGCAGCGAUCGAUAGCCGCCAGUUGCUCGUUAUGAUUUGUGAGUACUUAGUGGUCAACGUGUACGUGCUGGUCAGCCUGAUAGUGCUGUAUCGGAUGUUUGCCAAGGGACCGCUGCCCACCAGUCAGAACAACUUUGUCCGAUUUGACAACGAGCGAGACAUCGAGGGACAGCAUCAAGCCGCAGGCGUUCAACAACAGCAGCAGCAGCAGCCACAACCCCCAAACCCGCUAAACCGAAGCUAGUGAUGACCGAUGAGUUUAUUUAGUUUAGUUGGUAAGAUUCGUUGAUUAAGGUGAUUUUAGUGAUCUGGGAAGGAUGCAGAACUAUAACAUUUUUUGUGAGAAUGCGGCAGGAAUGCUCUGGGUUGUUCGAAACUCAGGUUACUUUAUAAAUCGAAGCUAGUGCGAGCGAGAGAGAGAGAGAGAGGCAUUCAAAUUGUAAAUAUUAUAUGUGAGAUAACAAUUAAACGUUGAGUAAGAAAUAAAAAGUGAUGCGUUUAAA